UAUUGGAGUGAAAUACGAAUAUGGGUCAAUUCGAAUCCCCAAUCUGUAAAAGUGCUUUGCUGUAUGUGACAUUUGUAGCUUUUCAAAUGCAAACUAGGAGAGGAAAUUGCAAGAAAUUUACUUUUAUCUACGUGAAUCCUUGUUUAAAUUUAAAGAUUAUGGGUGAUAGAAAGGAUUGUUUUGUGCUUGUAGUGUAAUUGCUGUAUAGAUGCCGAGUUUAGAAACAUUUUCAAUUGCACCGAUUAAAACAUUUAGGCCGGCAAAUGGAUAGGAAAGCAGAAAUAACGGAAGUCUUUGAUUUAUGAUGAGCUGCAGGUGGACGCAGGCAGUUUGCAUCUCCAUUCAAAUUUUGCUGGCUUCCUCCAUCGUUGACGCGAUACGGAUCGCAUCCACAAGUACCCGAAUUCCAACAGCGUUCAGCAAGAGGAUUAAUGACAUCUUGACCUAUCAUAAAAUCAUACCUGAUGUUCUAGACUAUUCUCCGUUCGACAUGCUAACGGUUAGAUAUUUAAACGGCUUAGCGCCAAGCCUUGGCAAUAUUUUCGUUGCAGAAGACGUGCAAUACGCACCUUACUUUGUGGGGUGGCCUUGUAUUCGGAACCGAACGUAUACUCUCAUUAUGAUAGAUCCUGAUGUACCGUCCCGAGACAAUCCAACGCAUCGAGAAUAUCGCCAAUGGCUUAUCGUCAAUAUUCGUGGUCCAAAUCUUUUCUCCGGUAGUGUCAUUACAAAAUACAAAGGACCAAAAUUGCGACCAGGCUCAGGUCCUCACCGGUACAUAUUCCUUGUAUACAAACAACCGCACGUGCACGUAGAUUUCUCUGACGCGUUUACAGAGUAUCACGACACCGAGAAUGAAAAUCGAUAUAAUUUUUCCACCGCAAAAUUUGUCAAGACUUACAAUCUAGGUAAUCCAGUAGCAAUCAAUUUCUUUAGGUGCUUGGAUGAUGCCACUUGAUACUUAUACUAUGAGGAACUGCCGUGGCGUAUCUGCGACGCUCAGGGCUCAGAAGCAAGACUUAUCAUGAUCUGAAGUAGAACUGUACUGAACUAUCUACUAAAAAGGAAUCGUUAGCAAGACAAACAAACUUGAUUAUACUGAAUCUAGUAAGAAUUAAGACAAGAGAUUCAUUGUAACCGAUGAAAAGAUAAAACAGAUCCAAGAAAUGAUUACAAUAUAUUUCUUGAAAGAGUUCUAUUCAUA